AUGGCUGAAGUCAUUGUUAACAGAGUUGCUCAAAAUGCUACUGAUGCAAUCAUUCAGAACCAAUCUGUUCUAAGCUCAAUUCAAGAAAUGUCAUAUUGGAAAAUUUUCUUCACUUUUAUUUCCGUCGUAUUGGUUUGGGACCAAGUCUCUUAUCAAAUUAAAAAAGGUUCAAUUGCCGGUCCAAGGUUUAAAUUCUAUCCAAUCAUCGGUCCUUUCUUGGAAUCAUUAGAUCCAAAAUUCGAAGAAUACAAAGCUAAGUGGGAUUCUGGUGAAUUAUCAUGUGUCUCUAUCUUCCAUAAAUUCGUCGUCAUCGCCUCCACUAGGGAUUUAUCAAGAAAAAUCUUGCAAGCUCCAAAGUAUGUCAAACCUUGUGUCGUCGAUGUUGCCAUUAAAAUCUUAAGGCCUUCCAAUUGGGUCUUCUUAGAUGGUAAGGCUCACACCGACUACAGAAGAUCAUUGAAUGGGUUGUUCACUAAAGCCGCUUUAGCUAAAUAUUUACCAAGUCAGGAAAAAAUUAUGGACAAAUAUAUUGAAAAAUUCGUUGAAUUCUCAAAGGAAACUGAUUAUGAACCUCGUGUCUUCUUCCAUGAAAUGAGAGAAAUCUUAUGUGCCUUGUCUUUAGGUUCCUUCUGUGGUGACUGGAUCACUGAGGAUCAAGUCAGAGGAAUCGCUGAUGAUUACUAUUUGGUCACUGCUGCGUUGGAAUUAGUCAAUUUCCCAAUUAUCUUGCCAUUCACAAAGACUUGGUACGGUAAGAGAACCGCUGAUGCCGCUAUGAAGAUUUUCGAAAAUUGUGCUCAAAUGUCAAAGGAUUACAUUGCUAAAGGUGGUGAACCAAAGUGUGUUAUGGACGCUUGGUGUAAAUUAAUGCAUGAUGCUAAGUACAAGAACGAUGAAGAUUCAAGAUUAUUCCACAGAGAAUUCUCUAACAAAGAAAUUUCUGAAGCUAUUUUCACUUUCUUAUUUGCCUCUCAAGAUGCUUCCUCCUCUCUAGCUUGUUGGUUAUUCCAAAUUGUUGCUGACCGUCCAGAUGUUUUACAAAAAAUUAGAGAAGAACAAUUAGCCGUUAGAAACAAUGACAUGAACACUGAAUUAACUAUUGACUUAAUUGAAAAAAUGGAAUACACCAGCAUGGUUGUCAAGGAAACUCUACGUUAUAGACCACCAGUCUUAAUGGUUCCAUAUGUUGUCAAGAACAAUUUCCCAGUUACUCCAUCUUACACUGCUCCAAAGGGUGCUAUGUUGAUUUCCACUUUAUAUCCAUCUCUACAUGAUCCAGAAGUUUAUGACGAUCCAGAAGAAUUCAUCCCAGAAAGAUGGGUCGAAGGUUCGAAGGCUAACGAUAACAAAAAGAAUUGGUUAGUCUUUGGCUGUGGUCCACAUGUCUGUUUAGGUCAAACUUAUGUUUUGAUCACUUUUGCUGCAUUAUUAGGUAAAUUCGCCUUACACACCGAGUUUGAACAUAAGGUUACUCCAUUAAGUGAAAAAAUUAAGGUAUUUGCUACUAUCUUCCCUAAGGAUGAUUUAUUCAUGUCUUUCAAGAAGAGAGACCCAAUUACCGGUGAAGUUACCGAAUAG